CUAGGUUCGAACGCUAGAGUCGGUGCUGGCGGAGAAGGACCGCGCGCAGUUCUUCGUGGGAACCAGCACGUUGAACCAGCCCAAUCAGAUCCAUUUAGUGCAAGUGGAGGAUGAUGCCAGCAACGUCAUUACGCGUCAAGUGUUCAACCAUCCUGGUGAAGUCCUGAGUCUGGCACCGAGUCCUCAAGAUCCACAGCUGUUGGUCUCGUGUGGCAAACAGCGAGGACAGCAGGCUGAGGCUUCACUCUGGAAGCUUCCGGAUGCUGAAGCUAAUUCGAGUGAAGAGGAUGGAGCUACUGUGGCUCAAGAUCUCGAGCAAUUGGCUGUGUUCCCAGCUCAAAAGCUGCCAGUUUCCGAGUACGAACCAUUUUAUUGACGACUUCGUUUGUCCAGAGCUGAUGCUUGUAUUGUGAUCAUUAGAGUCGCUUGGGACGCUACGGCGGACACAUCGAUAUUGGCAUCAAGUCAUGAGACGCUGCUGCGUACGUGGCAAUUGGACGGAGGGUCAGUGGAAGCACAGGACAAACUGGAGCUGGACGUGUCGAUGCUGGGAGGUGCCACGAAGAAAGGUGCGAGUGCAUUGGCAUGGGAUCCGCAUCACGCGUCGCAACUGGCGUUCGCUCUUGGAGGCAGUGUGCGCACGUGGGAUCUUCGAGCCAAACAAGACAGCGUCAGUAUCGAAGACGCACAUCUGAGCGCAACGUUAUCACUCGACUUUAACCCGAACAAACCGUACGCGCUAGCAAGUGGAGGAGAUGACGGCAAACUCAAGUUCUGGGACUUACGCUAUGCACGGAAGCCGGUAUUGGCCAUGAACGCGCAUUCGCACUGGGUCUGGAGCACGCGUUAUCAUCCGCAACAUGACCAGCUUGUCCUCUCUGGAGGUUCAGACGCAACACUGGCAUUGUGGAGAGUUUCCUCGAUCUCGUCGUCCCCCUUAGUCGAGUUGGAUGAGCGUGACCUAAUGGACGAGACAGCAGGUGGAGCCGCCGUGGCAGACACGUUGAUUCGACGUAUUGAAGAACACGAGGACGCAGUGUAUGCAGCUCGAUGGGCGACUGGAGGAGAUGCCUGGAUGUUCGUCUCCGUCUCGUACGAUGGGCGUCUUGCAGUCAACCACGUGCCAUCAACGGAGAAGUACAAGAUCUUGCUGUAAUUGGAAGAAUAGGCAUGUUACUGUGUCUUUGUUUAUGUUGGUUUUGGUUGGUACGUCGGGCCUGGAGACCUGCUGUCUGUCGUCUGUCGAUUGGAAAAAGAGUUUUUCCUCUCGAUAUCUACACCAUUUGAUUGUUUUUUUUUGGUUGCUAACUCGCUGUUUGCUCUACUAAACGCUUGAUUCACGCACCUCACACUCCACGUCAAGCAUCACUCAACCGCG